AUGCGCAAUAACCUGUUGUUCUUCAACAUACCCGAACACGAGGAGAAUACUGAAUACACGGAAAUUAUACAUGAUCUCUUAGAGCAAAAGAUAGAAAUCGUUCAAAUCGAAGACGCACGUAAGCAUGUCGAGAUUGACCGAUCUCAUCGAAUUGGCCGUAAAGGAGAAGGCAAGAGCUGCUUCCCUGAAUUGAAGAAGGCAAGAGCUGCGGGAAAACAAUCAAGAAUUGUUAAGGAUAAAUUGAUUAUUGAAGGGCAAGUUUUUAAUAAUACUAAUACACGUUAAGAGGAGAUUUUUUACAAAGUCGCGUAUUUUUUUCGAAAAGCGCUCAAAACUUAGCGACCAGGCCUUCGCGAAAAAAUGCUGCGCCGCCAUCUUGGUUUUAAAAGUUUCUCAAAAUUUGCGAAGAAAUAUAACCGAAUUUUACUGGAUUUUUGGCUGUGUCACGAGGGGUUAGGUUAAAACGCGGAAGCGGAUGCGGAACGGAACGGAUGCGGAACGGAACGGAACGGAUAUGGGUUAAAAUGCGGAACGGAACGGAUAUGCGGAACGGAACGGAACGGAUAUGGGGUUAAAAUGCGGAACGGAACGGAAAUGCGGAACGGAACGGAACGGAUAUGGGGUUAAAAUGCGGAACGGAACGGAUAUGGGGUUAAAAUGCGGAACGGAACGGAUAUGCGGAACGGAACGGAACGGAUAUGGGGUUAAAAUGCGGAACGGAACGGAAAUGCGGAACGGAACGGAACGGAUAUGGGGUUAAAAUGCGGAACGGAACGGAUAUGGGGUUAAAAUGCGGAACGGAACGGAUGGGGUUAAAAUGCGGAACGGAACGGAUAUGGGGUUAAAAAACAUCUGGUGGACGGGAAAUCUGAUUGGUUGAUCAGCAUCAUGGUUAUACAGAGUGAUGAUGCUGAAGAGAAUCUAAAGUUGAAGCUCGAAAGCUUGAUAAAUCGGGACCCGAAAGAUGUAAAUCCCUCAUGCGAAGCAUCAACGAAAGAGGUUUGUAGUAGUGUUAAUGAGCUGACUGAACCAUUUGUAUCGCAGUUUGAUGGCUUGAAAGCAGAUAUUGCUACCCUAGUGGACAUUACGAGUGAUCUAAUAACUGAAAUUAACUCUAUGCGAUCUAAACAAAAAGACUUUGAGUCUGUUAUUCGCAAGCAAGACAGCGAGAUAUGUAGACUUAGCGAAGCAAAUUUGCUACUUGCGUCAAGCUUGCGGUCUCUUGGGAAUUCAACAUUCAAAGUAAUGAAUAUCAAUCCUAUGACCAACAGUCCCACUAAUAGUAUGAGAAAUACCACCUUUAAUGACCCUACAACUACUGAUAAGGAUCCGCUAAUUGACCCUAACAUAUACACCUCCCAUACCAUUGGACCAACUUUAUUCAAUGAAUUUAAUAUCUACGACGAGUUUAGGAAUAUAGCAAGUGACCAGCCUAGCGUUCUAAACUCCGACUUAAAUCAGUCAACUGAAGACAUUAUAAAUAUAUCCCAUAAUGAAACUGAUAUACAUAAUGAGUCAGUUCUUAUUGUUAAAGAUCAACCUAGCGUCUCGAAUACCGAUCUCGUAAAAAACUGCACACUAACUGAAGCUACUAAUCUAAAUAAAGCCAGUAAAACUAAGUCAACAACGGGUAAAUUUAAUACCAGCACAUCUCGAUUAG